UAGCAGAGGAGCUCGAGUUAGCAACCGUCAUCAUCGAACCCUUCAUCGAACCCUAUGUUGAAACGAAUCCAGAAACGCGCAGAGAGGAAGGACCGGGAGGUAGCACCGCUCAAGAGCAAGAAGUCUACCGGGAAAGAUUUAGCGAUCUCGGAGUCAGAAAAGGACGAGGAAUCAGGCAGUGAAGCAGGCUCGGAAGAGUCAGAUGAGAGUGGGGAGGAAGAUGGUAGAGACGAGUUGAUGUCUAUGAGCGGUGAAGAGGAUAGCGAUGAGGACGAUGAGGAUGACGAGGACGAUGAAGAAGAGGGAGAAGACGAGGACGAGGACGACGAGAUGAGUGAAGAUGAGGACGAUGAAGACGCUCCACCAGUCUCCCUAGACGAUGCCAUUUCUAAACCUAUCUACUCUCUUCAAGAAUCAGCUAGCGACGAAGAAUCGUCAGAAGCCGAGGAAGGAGAUGGGAAGGGAGAGGUGAAACCGAAGAAGAGGCUACAAGCUUGUAUCUUGUGCCCGCAGAGACUGUUCAAGAACGAUAAGAUGGUAGAGGAUCAUGUGAAGAGCAAGAGUCACAUCCGAUCCCGAGUCCGGUUCGCUCAACGUCUCCUCGACCCGGAUACCCUGACAUCAGACGAUCCGAGGGAUAUCGUCCUCGAUAUAUUGGAAGAGUUGGAGAACAAGAAAGCGGGGAAGAAGGUUGGCGAGGAGAAGAAGAGCGGGAAGAAAGAAGUCGAGGUUGAGGGCGAGGUAGAUGAGAAGAAGAAGGCCGAACAGGGAAAGAAGCGGAAAUGGAAAGAAGAGGCCAAGGUCGCCAAAGAAGCUCGGAGGGAGGCGAAACGUUCGAAGCCCGAAACCUCAAUAGCACAACCGAAAGCUACGUCGACCGAGGCCAAGACGACCGCUGAGAAACCUACGGGCAUGAACAGAGAAGCUCGACGAAUCGAACAGCUGUUGGACUCGCUAAGUAAAGAAAGACGGGCCGAGCUGGAACCGACGUUAAAGGGCAAGAAGGGGAAGGAGAAGAUCAAGUUGAUCUUAGAUGAGAAGAAGCGGGUGGUAGGUGGGACGCCGGGGGAGAAGAAGCUCGAUGCAGAGGAGGUACCGGCACCGAGUCGGACACAGGGGAAAGAAGGGGAGAAGAAGAAGAAGAAGUCGAAGGGGGAAAAAAGGAAAUCCGAUCGGAAAGACUGAACAUUAGUCGAGUUGAUUUUUGGUAACGGAUAAGAGUCAUUAGUAGUAAGGAUGUCUGAGAUCUGAACUGAUUGCCAGCAGCCGGUACACAGAGAUCAAUCGUCAAAUACCCGGGUUUACCUUGCUGUUGUCACCCACCCACCUCUUUGUAACUUGCGAUAGACGCCGCCCAUGUCAUGUCGUAUGCGAUAUGCGAUGCAUUGACCUCGGA